AUGGCUUCGAAGUCGACAGCAUCACGCUCAGCAGCGACUGGCACUUCAAGUGUUUGUCGAAGUCUAUUCCAUCACACUCUCAGCAGGCGGCCAACAAGCGCUUCAACGUCUACAUCCGCGACAACGCUGCAAGAAGGCUCUCAAGACGAGAGCUCGGACAUUGUAGUCAAAGAUCGCAAUGGCAAUUACCAAGUCCAGGUUCCGCUUCUACCGCCUCUAGAUGAAGACCAAGCACAAGAGGAGGACUCGGGCAAUGAGAAAGAGAAACUCGAUGCCAGACUACUAGAGAUGUAUAGGGAUAGGAGUCUACAGCCUCACGAUCCCGCAGAGCUCUUGAACGCGGUGCAUGCAAGCCUGAGGCGCAAGGCGGCUGAAGAGAUGUAA